AUGACGCAGGAAACUGUUCGCCGCGCCUUCGCCGACCGCGAGGAGCCCAAGCUGUCCUACGGCAUCCCCUUCCCCGCCGCCGCCGCCCGCCAUGUCGACGAGACCUUUCACGCCUCGCGCGUCUAUAUCAUCUGCUCGGGCUCUCUGUCCCGCAAUACCGAUGCCCUGACGCGGCUAAAGGACGCCCUGGGCGACAAGGUCGCCGGGGUCCGCAUUGGCAUGAAGAGCCAUACGCUGUGGUCCGAGGUCAUCGAGAUCACCAACGACGCCCGCCGCGUCAACGCUGAUCUGCUGCUGACCCUGGGCGCCGGCAGCUUGACGGACGGGGCCAAGAUUGUUUCUUUUGCGCUCGCCAACGAUGUCUCCACCAUCGAAGAACUGGCCACUCUCCCUGAAGGUCCGAACAAACGGGCCGACAUCAAGCCGUCUGUCGUGCCCAUCAUCAGUAUCCCGACAUCGUUGUCCGCUGGUGAAUAUUCCAACUUCGCCGGUGGCACGGAGGACAAGUCUUUCCGGAAACACAGCUUCCAGAAACCGCUGAAGGGUCCGCGUCUCGUCAUCCUCGACCCCGAACUGACCGCCACGACGCCGGACUCGAUCUGGCUGAGCACCGGCAUCCGCGCCGUUGACCACUGUGUCGAGACCAUCUGCUCCAACAUGAGCGAUGACGAGAGUGACGCCCUCGCCGAGAAGGCUCUGGGGAUGCUCGUGCCGGGAUUGCUGCGCUGCAAGCGCAGUAAGACCGACUAUGCCGCCCGUCUGGACUGUCAGCUGGGCUCCGUCGAUGCCAUGGCGGCUUGCACGAGUGGGAAGGUCCAGCUGGGUGCCAGUCACGGCAUUGGCCAUCAGCUGGGCCCUCUCGGAGUCGGUCACGGCGAAACGAGUUGCAUCUUGCUUCCCGCGGUCUGCAAAUACAAUGCCUCUAAGAACGCCAACGUGCCCCGUCAACAGCGUGUGCACAAGUUCUUGACCUCCAACCCCAUCGUCGCCGAGGUACUGAAGGCUCGCGGCGUCGACGCCAACUCGUCGGACCUGGGCGACGUCCUGGACGCGGUGAUCUGCGAGCUGGGCAUGCCGCGCUCCCUGAAAGACGUCAAUGUCGGACGGGACAAGCUCGACAUGCUGGCGGAGCACAGUCUGCACGACCGAUGGUGCAAGACGAAUCCGGUGCCCUUGAAGGAGAAGGAGCAGGUGUUGGAGAUUUUGGAGAUGGUGGUGGGGCAGUAG